CGGUACUCGGUAUACACACCGUCAGCUGGUACCCACGCACGCACAGUCUCGCCGUAGCCGUAGUCGUCAUUCCGCGUUGGUCCUGCCAACGUAUGCUCCGCCGGAGACGCGGUCGUGUUAGCCCCUUUUUUUUCGAACCAAAAAGUAAAAUCUGUGAUUCGUAAAUUUUAGAAUUUUGGUUUGUGCGAGUGAUUUGGCUACAAAUACAAGAAUUUGUUUAUGUGAACUACGCGAGUUGUAAUAAUUGUUUUUUUCUAUUUCACCUUCUGUUGCGCCGUCUAAAUCCAUACGUAAUGUUUACGUAACCAUGGUAGAUAAAUAGAUUGGUCAGAUCGUCAGCAAUCUCGAGGAGGCGGCGAUCGGUUGCGGUGGCGGCGACGGUGGAUGGCGCCGCCUCGGUUGUCGGACGAACAGAAGGCAUUGUCACGUCAGCGCAGACGGGACAGGCGUAGGGAGUUGCAGAGGUUGAGGCGGGCCGACCCGGUAUACCGGCUGGCGGAGCGGGCGCGAAACACGCGAGCCCGCCGGGAACAGAGGAACGACCCGGAGUACCGCAAGAAGGAAAGGGAACGCGACACGCGGGCGCACCGGGACCGGCGGAACAGGGUGGACACGGUGAUGCGAAACAUCGCCGGCAGCCUGUGGACCAACGCCGAAUUGGAAAACAUGGCACCGGAUCAAGUAGGACCGGACGAAGACACGGGUGUAACCGCUCUAAGUAACUGUCCGGCUACAAUGAUGAACACCACAGUCUUCGUUACAGUGCCAGCUAGUCCUUUCCCAGCCCGGGAAGAACUGUCGUCCGAAAACGUUUAUGUCGGCGGUGACAAAGACAAAGGCAACUCGACGGAUGACAACGAGGACGACGACCUCACUUCGCUGAGUUGGCUGCAAAACAAGAAUCUGCUCAAAGGUGUUCAUGAGCUGCCAAAGACCGAUUAUGCGGACGACGCUUCAUCAGACUCUCGUUCAUCUAGUGGUCAGUCAAUAUCGCCGGUCCGAUGUUGGCCCGCUAUGGCAGGUCUACCCGCUAUCAUAAACAACAACAACAACAAUACUAAUAAUAAUAACAAUAAUAACAAGACUUCCUCGUUGCGGUCGUCCAGCUAUGAUCCAAAGGUGCACACGGAAUCAAAACCGCCGUACUCGUUUUCAUGUCUGAUCUUCAUGGCCAUCGAAGACUCGCCUAUCAAAGCGCUGCCAGUAAAAGACAUCUAUGGAUGGAUUGUUGACCAUUUUCCAUACUACAAAAACGCGCCCACUGGCUGGAAAAACAGCGUGCGACACAACCUUUCACUGAAUAAGUGUUUCAGAAAAGUGGAAAAAGCACCCAACUUGGGAAAAGGUUCCCUUUGGAUGGUUGAACCCUCAUACCGGCCGUGCCUGAUUCAAGCGUUGCAAAAGACCCCGUACACUAAGGGAUACAGCAAAAAGUCGACGGUGAACACGAGCCCGACGGUUCGAGGCGAGACCAUGGAGACGGUCAAGGACGAACGGAGCGAAGACGAGAUGUCCACGGUCAGUGACGUGGACGCAGCGACCGCAAUGUUGGUGCUCAAGCACGGUCCGCACGUGCGCAUCGUGCACGACAGAGAUUGGCAGUUAACGCAAACAAAACCUGACACGGAUCCAGAACUAGCCGGGCUAUAUCCAAUUGUUACGAUAUGCCCAAGCGAGGAUCAUACCUACGACAACUGCUUCAAAAUGGACAGUCUGUGCAAAGAGGACGCAGAAGAACGUCGUAAAAUAGUCGAGGGCGCUGACGCAUUGUUGAACCUGGCCGGCAUCACCACCCGCCGUUUACGCAAACGUUCUUCGAGCGUCGAGUGCAUCGAUGCUAAACGAGAGUGCACAGACACCCUGCGACAGAUGUACCUGAAGAAACAGUCGACGGACAACAACAACGAGCCCGCGUCGGUGAUCAUCGAACAUCACAAGGACAAAUUCAGAUAAAACGCACCGCGACUGCGGCGUUUAAUGAAAUAUAGCCUACUCCGUUUAGCAUUUUGUUGACUAGUUUAUACGUAACACAGAUUAAAAUAGUUUAUUUACUUUAUUUAUACUUGCAGAAAAGAAAGAACUUCUCCCUCCCGCCAGAAAAUUAACUAUUAAAUUAAUGAGAACAAUAAUGUUUAAUGAUUUACAUCGUGCGGGUUAGUUAAAAAAAUAAUAAUAAAAAAAUAAAUGUAAAAGGUAUUUUUUGAAACGGUGAUAGUUUUUUCUCUCGAGUAAUAUAUUAUGUAUUGUUAAUUGAACGUUUUUGUCUUCUUGCUCUUAGGAAGCACUGUGAUAGUAUUUUUUAAAAAAUAAAUAAAUUUUUAAUUGUUUUUUGGUACGACCAAACCAUAUUGAUAUUUUCGACAAAAAAAAAGAAAAAUGCCAGGCUGUUCACCAUAUUUGUUAAUAUCUUUUUUUUGUUAAGUUUAUUCUUAUGAUAAAUAUAUAAUUACAUAAUAUAUUAAUAUAUUA